UAACCUCGGUAAGAAUCCGCCCCAGAAUCCGCCAUCCUGACGGGUUUGACCAGGCCAGAAACACCAAAAAGCUUCCCCCCCAAUCGAUCGACCGUCGGGCUUUGUUUUAAGAAUGGGCCUGCGCGCCAGUUAAGUCAGGCAUGCAUCGACAGCUGUUCGGAUGCAUCCCUGUCUCCUACGGCUGCGCGAGAGCAAAUAAUAAAAUUAUUCCGUCCUUGGUUUGCCCAGACUUCCUCCUGGCAACGAACACGCAGCGAUCUGUAAGGUUGCUGAGAACCAUGGCGCCUCUGUCGUCUGCGUCGCAGAAAGCGAUUGAGCGUCUACGAGAAUAUGUCCCGCCGCCGACGAACUACUACUCCGUUCCACUGACGAGACAGGCGUCGGUGCUGCUUCUGUUGUUCGCAGACAAGCGAGGAGAUCUCCGGGUGAUCCUGACCAUCCGAGCCAACACCCUCAAGUCGUAUCCCGGCCAGGCCGCACUCCCGGGCGGCAAAGCCGAUUCUACCUCGGAAACGCCCUUCGAAACCGCAAGACGAGAAGCCCAUGAAGAGAUUGGCCUGCCGAACAUCGACCAGAGCUUCCCACCUCCCUUCCACGUCGAGCAUCUCUGCGAGCUACCCGCAAACCUCGCCAGAACAGAGCUCGUCGUCCGACCAUGUGUCGCGCUGCUACACUCCUACGACGAAGUUACGGGUGAAGAUGCAGAUCCUGAAGAGGCGUUCAUGCCCCAGCUAGACGCGAAAGAAGUGGCGGCGGUAUUCACGGCGCCGUUCCAUAACUUUUUAAAGAUGCACGACGAGCCGCGGGGAGAGGAGGGUGAGCAGCUGCCCGGUUCUCCAGAAGACUGGUACGAAGGGAGCUGGACGAAUUGGAAUACCACAUGGUGGAGGAUGCACCAUUUCUUCGUCCCAAUAACAAAUCAGACCGUCACGAAGCCCCGACGGAAGAGUCAAGAGCAAGAUGCCGCCAUUGCCCAACUAGAAGAAGACGAGAUCUCCAUGGGUCUUGAGAGAUACCGAGUCUUUGGCAUGACGGCCCGGAUCCUGGUCGACGCAGCCAGGGUGGCCUACGGCGAAGAUCCCGAAUUCGAGCAUAACAGCCAUUUCGGUGACGAAGACAUGAUCGGACGACUGAAACGCCUUGGUAGAUUCAGCAGCGUUAAAAACCCCGAUGACCCCCUAACGCAAGAGGUCUUCGAAAAGGCUUCUAAGCUCUCCUAACCUGGUUGUCCACUCUUUCUUCCCUUCCCUUCCCCUUCCCCCCUUUUUCCACCCGCGUUUUCUCCUCUUCGACCCUACAUUCCCAUCCCGACUGCAGAUAUUAGAAUUAUGAUCUACUCCGUACUCCGUACAUUACGUGUAGAAGAUGUUGGCUAAUGAUGACUUCUCUGGUGUUUAUUGGCUGUUUAGCUCGGCAUUUGAGUGUUUUCAUUCAGCCAUCUUGGGGCCGGUGGCUGUUUUUUUUUUCCUUUUUUUUUUCUUUGUCCCACGCGACUCGGAUGUUGAUGGCGACGAUGCGCUCGAGCUAACUUCUAAUUAUUGUUGCAUACAGAGUACUCCGUACAUAGAAGUCUUUUAUAGUGCUUCCCAUUGUUAUAUAUUUAUAUAUCC